CCACCAGCGAGAGGCCCCUCUCUCCUACAAUUUCAACUAUGAACUACAAAUCCCACCAUUUGGCUUCUUCCUCCGCCCUCCACUAUAUAAAACUCCAACACCAACUUCCAAUUUGCUUUCAGAUUCACACUCCUCGUUAAUUAGAUCUCUUCUCUCGCUCUUCUUUUUCCCGGAAAAUCUUGGUUUUUGCAGCAUUCAAUGGCCGACGAGUCGCAGAAAUGGGUGCUGAUGGUGACGGCUCAGACGCCCACCAACAUCGCCGUGAUCAAGUACUGGGGGAAGAGGGACGAGAAGCUCAUCUUGCCAGUCAAUGACAGCAUCAGCGUGACGCUUGAUCCUGCGCACCUUUGCACCACCACCACUGUCUCCGUCAGUCCCACCUUUGACCAAGAUCGGAUGUGGCUCAAUGGCGAGGAGAUUUCCAUUUCCGGAGGCAGAUUCCAAAGCUGUUUAAGAGAAAUUCGCAGUCGAGCUACCGAUAUUGAUGAUAAGGAAAAGGGAAUCAAUAUUACUAAGAAGGACUGGGAAAAGUUGCAUGUACAUAUUUCUUCGUAUAACAAUUUUCCUACUGCUGCUGGAUUGGCUUCCUCAGCAGCUGGUUUUGCUUGUCUAGUUUUUGCUCUCGGAAAGCUAAUGAACGUGAAAGAAGAUCACAGCCAGCUUUCUGCUAUUGCAAGGCAAGGUUCUGGUAGUGCUUGCCGCAGCUUGUAUGGGGGAUUUGUCAAGUGGAUCAUGGGAAAAGAAGAGAAGGGAACCGACAGUCUUGCAGUCCAACUUGCAGAUGAGAAGCACUGGGACGAGCUUGUUAUUGUUAUCGCUGUGGUAAGUUCACGACAGAAGGAAACAAGUAGCACAACAGGAAUGCGUGAUACUGUUGAAACAAGUUUGCUCUUACAACAUAGAGCAAAGGAAGUAGUACCAAAACGCAUAUUAAAAAUGGAAGAAGCCAUAAAAAACCGUGAUUUUGCUUCUUUUGCACAACUGACCUGUACUGACAGUAACCAGUUUCAUGCUGUCUGCCUGGACACAUGUCCACCCAUAUUCUACAUGAAUGAUACAUCCCACAGGAUAAUAAGCCUUGUUGAAAAGUGGAACAAAGCAGAAGGAACACCUCAGGUGGCUUAUACAUUUGAUGCGGGGCCGAAUGCAGUUCUAAUUGCACGUAACAGAAAAACAGCUGCCCUUUUGAUUCAGAAGUUGCUAUUCUGCUUUCCACCAAAUUCUGAUGCAGAUUUGAGCAGUUUCGUUCUUGGCGAUAAGUCAAUUCUAAAAGAUGCCGGGGUUGAGAGCCCGGAGGAUAUUGAAACUUUACCCGCACCUCCAGAAAUCAAGGAUCCGUCGCAGAAAUUCCGAGGAGAUGUCAGUUACUUUAUUUGCACAAGACCCGGGAGAGGUCCAGUUGUGCUGUCAGACGAAUGUCAUCUUCUCAACCCUGAAACUGGAUUGCCGAAGUAAGCUCGGAAGGUUUCUCUCUUUUGUUUCACAACACCAUUCCUCCGCAGGCCUAUUCAAAUGGCUGUAUGGAUAAUGCUUUUAGGCUGAACCGAAGAAUUGGCUUAAAAUGAUUAUCCGAGUUGCUCGCAGUUUGCCAGUUUCUGUUGCUUGUUUCCUGCAUUUGUAACGUAUUUUUUGCUGUUUUAAUCCGAUUAUGGUCUUUGUACCCAUUGUCUUUGACACAAUAAUGAAUAAAUUGUCUAUUGUUCA